AUGCAGCACCAAGGCGCUAUACAGGUGGCAGCGGUUGCUUGCUCUCUCUUACCACGUGUGCGUGCGCUGCUUAACAUUGUUCACUUUCCCUCCCAUCACCCAGGCUACCGCAUGCAGCACCAAGGGGCCAUACGCAUGUCGGAGGUGAAGCGGCACAAGAGGGAGGACGAUGCAUGGACCGUGGUGCGAGGCAGAGUCUACAACGUCACACCCUACCUCGACUUUCACCCGGGAGGGAAGGCUAUUCUAAUGAAGGGCGCAGGCAAGGACUGCACAGCCCUCUUCAACAAGUACCAUGCAUGGGUGAACGCGGAGUUCCUAUUGGACCAGUGCUUCCUGGGCAUGCUCAUUCCUCCCACAAACCCCCCAACGAGACAAGGACCAUGGAUGGACAAGUACCAUGCAUGGGUGAAUGCGGAGUUCCUAUUGGGCCAGUGCUUCCUGGGCAUGCUCAUUCCUGAAGACUGA